UACGAAUUUUUAGUAUGUCAUCUUGGUUGUUGAUGUUUUUCGUCGUAAUUGUUUUUUCGUUUUAUUUCAGAAAGAAAAAAAAAUUAUAGCUUUUUAAAUCGAGUAUUUCUUUCCACCGGGGGUUGUAACUUUGGUCUGGCAAGUCGAGAGCAGAACGAAAAAAUGCAUCAGCGCUCGAUUUGCAAAUUCCUUCUGAGACAUCAUCGCAUCUCGAAGCUCUCUCCCUUCAACUCCUCGGCUCACCGCAUCUUGGACUCCACCUCAUUUCCAAAACCCACCACAAAUUUCCACCGGACCCUCUCAAACUCACCCACCCAGUUCAUACCUCGCCGCCACUUCAGCGAUUUCGACCAGAACAAAGAAGUGGACAUGAUCAAUCUCAAGUUUGCAGAGGCAAGAGAGGAGAUAGAGAUGGCCAUGGAGUCCAAAGAGACGGUCUAUUUCGAUGAAGAGGCUGAGUGUGCUCGGAAUGCUGUCAAUGAAGUUCUUGAAAGUUAUGCGGCGUUGUUGGCCAAGUUGCCUGAGGAAAAAAAGGCCGCAGUGCAGAGGUCCAUGGGCCUCAAGAUUGAGCAGUUGAAAGCCGAAAUCGAACAGCUCAAUGAAUGAUAAUGAGGUUGGUCCUUAUUGGGCAUACAAUGAACUUUCAUUUUUGUAUUUCUGAUUUUUUGUUUUUAAUUGAGGCCAAGAGCUUAGGAUGAAGUUUGUGAACUAUGGGUGUUUUAUGUUUUAACAUGAAAUAGAUGACUACACAUC